AUGUCGUCUGCGAAAUCGAGGCUGUCAAACAUAGCAGCACAUUUCCUCCCAUCCUCGUCGCCGUCAAGUGGCAAGUCGAUUGAUAACCUAAGUAUUGACGGCCACACAGUAGGAACGCCCUCAUGGUACAACAACCAUACCUUAUCACCCACAUUCUUCCUACCGCGUGCAGCUGACAUUGAACCCAAUGCACCUGCCAUUUACCACCGUACCGCCAACAACAAGAUCAUCCGGAAGACAUACAAGGAAUUCUCGGAUCGGGCGCGAGGGUUUGCGUAUUACCUGAAGAAGAAAGGAUAUAAGAGAGUGGGAAUCCUAUGCACCAACACCCCCGCAUUCCUAGAGGCCAUCUACGGGAUCGGUGGUGCAGGAGCCAUCAAUAUUGCAAUCAACUAUCGACUGAAAAAGGAUGAUAUAAGUUAUAUAUUUGAUCAUGCAGACGCCGAUGCAAUCAUUGUAGAUGCCGAGUUUGAGUCGCUGUUGGAUGACUACAAACAGACGCAUCCCAAUGUGCCGCUCAUUAUCGAUACGGAUACCGAUGCAGUCGAAGGUCCUGGAAGUGGCCCGUUUGAUCAAGCGGUGCUUGAGGGGUUUGAACAUGAUCGAUCCCUAGGGUCCAAAGGUUGGGCUGGUCUUGAAGUGCAAGCUCCGAAUGAGCUGGAAGUUAAUGCCCUAGCUUACACGUCUGGUACCACGGCGCGACCCAAAGGAGUCGAAUAUACAUAUCGAGGCUGCUAUCUGGCGGCGCUCGCGAAUGUGAUUGAGUCAGGACUGAGUUAUCACAACGGCGAGCGAUGCAAAUAUCUCUGGACGUUACCCAUGUUCCACGCAAUGGGCUGGACCUUCCCAUGGGCGGUGACAGCAGCAAGAGGAACACACUAUUGUCUACGCAAGAUCGAAUAUCCCGAAAUGUGGCGACUGUUGAAAGAAGAAGGCAUCACACACUACUGUGCAGCCCCGACGGUCAACACACUGCUUUGCGCCGACAAGAAUGCCGCGAAGCUCCCACAGCCAGUCCGCGUCACGGUUGCGGCCAGUCCUCCCACUGCACAUCUGUUUGAGCAGAUGACCAACUUCAAUCUGCACCCGGUCCAUGUGUACGGUUUGACUGAGACGUAUGGGCCCAUCACGAAAGGAUAUAUUCUGCCCGAAUGGCAUGAAUAUCCAAAUAUCAAAGACAAGUAUGCCAAAAUGGCACGGCAGGGCCAUGGACUCGUAACGUCACUUGCAGUGCGAGUGAUCAAGACCGAAGUCCCCGAAGGCGUGAUCGAGGAUGUCAAGAAGGACGGUAAGGAGAUUGGUGAGAUCGUGUUCAACGGCAAUAUUUGCGCGCGUGGGUAUUACAAAGACGAGGCAGCGACGAGGAAGCUCUAUCUUGGGGGCGUGCAACAUUCUGGGGAUUUGGCCGUGUGGCAUCCAGAUGGAGCGGUGCAGAUUCUUGAUCGCGCCAAGGACAUCAUCAUUUCAGGUGGCGAGAACAUCUCAUCGGUCGCCCUCGAAUCAAUAUUGGCCACUCAUCCCGACAUUCUGGAAUGCGGAAUUGCGGCCAUCGCGGAUGAGAAAUGGGGAGAGGUGCCCAAAGCCUUUAUCACAAUCAAAUCAGAAGCCAGCGUGCAAGGGGAGGAUAUCAUCAAGUGGGCACGUGAACAUAAAGGCAUCAGUAGAUUCAUGGUGCCCAAGGAAGUCGAGAUUGUGCCAGAGUUGCCCAAGACCAGUACGGGUAAGAUUAGGAAGAAUAUCUUGAGGGAUUGGGCCAAAGGUAAGCCUAGAGGGGGGGAGUGA